CAGGGCAGCCAUGACUGUUUACACUGAGGUGUCGUAACUGAACACACACACACACACACACACACACACACAGCAAAGAGCAGAGCAGAGCAGCUCGAGCCGCCUGCUGCUCCGAGCUCGCGAGACAUGCCGUGGGUAUUUCAAGUCCCUCUGGGAUUACGGGGCGUCGCAUUCGUGAGAGUGAAGGAAAUGUUGAAAUCGUCGCACAAGCAUAUAUAGAAACACACACUGACGUACUUGACAUAAAGUGUCAUAGUUUUGUGUGUAUAUGUUUUCUUUUAAUUUAAAGUAAAGCAGGUGCUCAGUUCACCACAGCACCACCAUCAACUCUCUCUCUCUCCCUGUUUCUCUUAUUUUAUGCCCCGGGAGAAGGAAAAACAAAUCCUUGCCAGGGCACGUCUGGACUGUGACAGCCCCGCCCAUUACUAGUCCUGUGGUUUUGCACCUGCCUCGCCACCCCUUGCCACUUUAAGCGCAAAACCCCUCCAGGAGCUGCUUUUUACCUGCACUGCAGCGUUUAUUCCGCACUUAACUACUGAGUCCUCUCCUGCCGGGUCUGUCCUCCACGGCUCCACCGAGGCAGCACGCCGCGAACAGGUAUGCAACGUGAGGGCUAUCUGAGCAGUAACUGGAGCCCACCCGACCCCCAGCUGAUGAAGACGCAGCGGUAAAAUAAGAAAACAAGAAAAAGGGAGACGAGAAAUUGGUGCAGGCAAACAGUGGCGAGCGUUUCAUGUCAGGGGAGAGAAAUCCGCGCGUCCGCGUGUGCAAACGGGUACACGCGCUAAGUAAGGUGGAAGUAAACAUGCAAUAAGUGACAGUGGCAACCAGGUAGUCCACUACGCAAGAGCGCUCCCUCCGGACCUCCUCGCUGAACUUUACCCGCUGAGCUUUUAACGCGAUGGCUGCUGCUGUUUUGGGGGAAGUUGGAGGCGUCUUGCACGGCAUCGAUGGUGUCGCGCAGGUCGGGUCUCAUUUCCUCCUGACCCCACUCGGAGACAGUCCGACGCUUCUCGGGGAGCACCUCAUACCUGGGGACAGGCUCUCCCGGAGCACCGCGGCGGACUUAACGCACCUCAAAGGGAUCCUCAGGAGGAGACAGUUGUACUGCAGAACCGGGUUUCAUCUGGAAAUACUUCCGGACGGCACGGUGCAAGGGACGAGGAAGGACCACAGUCGUUACGGUAUUUUGGAAUUUAUAAGCCUUGCUGUUGGGUUGAUAAGCAUUAGGGGUGUGGACAGUGGACUCUAUCUGGGGAUGAACGACAAAGGAGAGCUGUAUGGCUCUGAGAAACUCACAGCCGAGUGUGUCUUCAAGGAGCAGUUUGAGGAGAACUGGUACAACACAUACUCCUCCAACCUUUACAAACACGGAGACAAAGGAACACGUUAUUUUGUGGCGUUGAACAAAGACGGGACACCAAGGGACGGGACUAAAUCCAGGCGGCACCAGAAAUUUACACACUUCUUGCCCAGGCCUGUGGACCCCGACCGUGUGCCAGAGCUGUACAGGGAUAUCCUGGGACACAGCUGAGACCUGGAGGCCCGGUCCAGUUCAGGAAUAGCUGCUUAAGCCCUUGCGGGCAGGGAGCAGAGACGAGACGAGGGACGCGGGCGGGGACGUGGCCCGUGCAGGCUGGCGGACAGCAGCCCCGACCUGCAGGGAUAAAGGCACCGGGGCCUCUUGCAGGAAUGCAUGGGCCAUCUCUCAGCAGCCAGGAAGGCGGGCUAGAAUGUCUGCACGCUCGGCAUGAGGGGACUGUUUGUUUCAGACGAAUCUAAAAAGUACCCACGUGGAAUAGGAGAGGAACAGGAAACGGAGCUGAGCGACCAGGGAGCAUCUCCUCUGGUCAGAUGGGGACAUCAGCGGAGUCCAUGGGAAUCUUUACUGCUGUACUCAAAUGGUACUUUUAAUUUGGGUUUUGUGUCAGAAAGCUGCAGUUUGUUCAGAAGGACUUUGAAGGAAUUCAGUUUUUUGGUUUUCUUACCUGUGUCCAGACCUGUUUGAAAAGAUGUAACAAUUUAUUUAUUCAUUCUAGAUACAUAUAUUUAUGUUUUAUAUUUAUUUAUUUGAGAAUAUAUUUUUUACAGUUAGAUAAACCCACUAUAGAAAAACCACUAGAGACUGUAUCGAUUAUAUAAAGACUGAGACACUGUACCAUUAUGUCUUUUACUCUGAAAAAAAGCUCUGCUUGUGAUAAACUGUAAUAUGACCAAAAAAUGAAACAUACUGGCAACAUUUAGAAAAGAUCUGAGGAAUCUAUUUUAUCGAAAUAUGGCAACUGUGAAUCAAUUUUUAAAGAAUCUUUGUUAUGAUGGCAUAUUAAUUCGCACCAAACAACUGUCACUUGUGUUACAGGAGGAAUCUGAAGUCAACAAACUGACAACACAACCAAUAAAUUGCUCAAAAUGUGAUCAAAAUGCUUUAUUUUUUGUCAGCCUACAUGAUCAGAGAUGAAUGUAUAACCAAUGUUUAUUUUUAAAG